AUGUCAUCAUCUAAUCUUGAUAAAUUAGUGUCAACAAAGUAUGGUUGGCAUGUUAAUUUUGAUAAAAAAUUCGAUUCAAAAUGGAAACCAUUUGGAAGACCAAGAGCUAGACAAUUAAUGGAAUAUGUACCUUUAUUUAUGAGAUAUCUUCGUGUAUGGUAUAAAUUAAAAAAAGAAAAACGAAGAGCACAUAUGGACUUUAUUAAUCCAGUACCACUUCAACAAAUUUAUGGUGCGCCUAUUGGUGGUUUGGGUUGUGGAACAAUCGGUCGAGGAUUUAAAGGAGAAUUCUGUCGAUAUCAACUUAUACCCGGUCUUUAUGAAUUUAAUACGGUUGAAACAAAUACAUUUACUGUUUGUAUUCGUCGUCGACAUUUAACAACCUAUUGCCAAGUGUUAACAACAAAUCGAUUACGACAAAAAGGGUUUCAUACAUGGAAUAGUGCAUUUCCAAAAGAAAAUGGUCAUUAUCAAGCUUUAUAUCCACAAUCAUGGACAACAUAUGAUUUACCCGGUCAAAAUGUUCGAUUAUUGUGUAAACAAUUAUCACCUUUUAUACCAAAUGAUUAUAAAGAUUCUUCACUGCCAGUUGCUUCUUUUGUUUGGUAUAUUGAAAAUUUAAAUGAUGAACCAAUUGAAGUUAGUAUAAUGUUUACAUGGCAAGCUGGUUCAGCUACUAAUGAAUUCUUAUGUACAGAUAUAUCUCAUGAAUCAAUUCAUGUUUCUAAUGAUGAUAUAUCAGCUACUGGUAUAUCAAUAAAACAAAUAAUACGUGAUAUGAAUCUUGAAUAUUGUAUAAUGGGAAAAAAAGAAUCAGAUAAUAUUAUAACAACACUAACAAAUUUUAAUGUCAAUUCAGAUAUAGAAGGACGAAAUGUAUGGCUUGAUUUAACAGAAGAUGGUCGAUUAACAGAAAUUGAAUCAGAAAAUCCAAGAAUAGCAACUUUAAAUACAGCUAGUUGUGUAUGUAUAACAACAACGAUUGAACCAAAUUCUAUAAAAACAUCAGAAUUUGCACUUGCUUGGCAUAUGCCAAAAAUUAAAUUUGGUCUUGGACAAAAAAUCUAUCCAAAAUGGUAUACGAAAUGGUUUGAUCAAACAACAUUGAAUGGAACAGUACUUUGUCUUCAUACAAUGAAUAAUCGAUUAAAAUGGGAAGAAGCUAUUAGUAAAUGGCAACAACCAGUUUUAGAUGAUUCAUCAUUACCAGAUUGGUAUAAGAGUGCAUUAUUUAAUGAAUCAUAUUUUGUAGCGGAUGGUGGUUCAAUUUGGCUUGAUGUAAGUGAUGAUACAACAUUACCUGAACAUGUUAGAAAUUGGGGUCGAUUUGGAUAUUUAGAAGGUCAUGAAUAUCGAAUGAUAAAUACAUAUGAUGUUCAUUUUUAUGCUUCAUUUGCUUUAAUACAAUUAUGGCCACAAUUAGAAUUAAGUAUUCAAUAUGAUUAUGCUACUUCAAUAGUAUUUGAAAAACUUGAAUCACGUGUUUAUUUAUUUCAUGGCCAAUCAGGUCUAUGGAAAACAUUAAAUUCUGUCCCACAUGAUCUUGGUGAUCCUGAUGAAGAACCUUGGUUAUUUGUUAAUGCUUAUAUAGCACACGAUACAGCUGAUUGGAAAGAUUUAGGUCCAAAAUAUAUUUUACAAGUCUAUCGAGAUUAUAUUUAUACACAAAAUAAACAAUUUCUUAUUAAUGUAUGGCCAACGAUAAAACUUGUUAUGGAUCGUCUUAAAACGCAAGAUACUGAUGGAGAUGGUCUAGUAGAUAAUGGUGGAUUUGCUGAUCAAACUUAUGAUGCAUGGACAGUAGUUGGAGCAAGUGCAUAUUGUGGAGGUUUACAUAUAGCUGCACUUCGUGCUUGUGUUGAAAUAGCUCGAAUUAUGGAUGAUACAAACAUGAUAGAUGAAUAUGAAGUAUGGCUUCAAUUAGCUAAAAAAUCUUUUUCAGAAAAAUUAUGGAAUGGUACAUAUUAUAAUUAUGAUUCGAGCGUAUCACUUCAUCAUGAUAGUAUUAUGUCUGAUCAAUUAGCUGGUUUUUGGUAUUUACGUUUAUCUGGUCAUAAAUAUGAAGAUUUUGAAAAAGAUCGAGUAGAUAGUGUACUUGCUACAAUAUUUAAAAUGAAUGUAAUGGAAUUUGGUAAUGGUAAAUUAGGUGCUGUUAAUGGAAUGACUAAAUCAGGAAAAUUAGAAAUUGUUAGUAUGCAAUCUGAAGAAGUAUGGACUGGUGUUACAUAUGGUUUGUCAUCAACAAUGAUUAUGGAAAAUUUAACACAUGAAGCAUUUCUAACAGCUGAAGGUAUUUAUAAUACAUGUUAUAAUAUAGCUGGUUUAGCUUUUCAAACACCUGAAGCAAUAACACGUGAAGAUCGUUUCCGAUCUUGUGGAUAUAUGCGUGCAUUAAGUAUUUGGGCAAUACAAAAAGCACUUGAAUUAUCUCGAACGGAAGCAAACAAUAAUAAAGAUGAAGUGUAG